AUUAAAGCUCUGAUUUGUGUUUCUUCAACCUCGAGAAUUUGCGAAGAAAAUCAGAAAACCAGAGGAGAGAGAGAGAGAGAGAGAGAUGGGGCAGAGAAAGUGUGGAAUUUGCGAAGAAGCUCGGUUUAAAUACAAAUGCCCAAUUUGUGUCAUGCCCUACUGUUCGUUGGUAUGUUUCAAGAAGCACAAAGAAAUUCCUUGUGAAAAGCCGAUAUCUUCUUCAGAGGGAAAUUUGGCUUCCGUACCACCAUUGCAUGUUGGCAAACCAAUGUGUGUCGACAAGCCAAGGGAGGAGCUAAAUCAGUCACAGCUUGAGUCUAUUGCUUCAUCAAGUGAAAUAUUUGAGGCAUUAAGGAGCGAGGAGCUUCGGAAACUUAUAUGCAAUAUAGAUUCUUCUCCUGAGGCUGAGAAUGAACUUGAAAAAGCCAUGAAGAAGGAAGAAUUUUAUGUACUCACUCAGAAGAUAUUAUCCAUCAUUAAUCGUUGAGGAAUGAGGAUCAUUUCUUAAGCAUGUCCCGGAUUGUAGACUAAGGUGCAAGACCAAAGCUGUUUAUUUUUUUUGUUAUUGUUCAAAAAAUGAGUGUUGAUUAUAUUAAUGUGAUAGCUCUUGUUUUAAGGAGCUUAUAUCCUUGAUUGAGGAAUAGUGUAGGCUAGACUCUCGUAUAU